AGUCAGGUCUUUAUGCUCAGUGAUGUCAGAGUGUGUGAGAUUACAUCCUUGAGUGCGGAAUCUCGCUGUAUCCUCUGAAGAGCUGGGGGGAGGACGACGCCACGGACUAUCCACAGACGAGCACAUGAAAAGUUAAUUUUGCGAAACUACUCCAACUGUACGAAGACCUGCAGCUCGAGUAAACUGCCGAUUCAACGUUUUGUCUUAGUUUGUGAUUUGGAACGGAUUGUUGACCGAAGGAGCGCUAGGGGUAAAAGUUUUCCCCUUCCAUCUUUUUCACAUGGACACAAACAAAAACAGCACGGGUGGGAUUUUCUGAAGAAGAAUCAACAAAACGGGUCUGAAAUUUGUUUUUAGGUCCUGCAAGUAACACUUAAGCGAAACUAUACCUGGUCGAAGUCUUCACACGAUCUUCAGGAGUUGCACGCGCCUCCUCCGUUGAGCCUUUUCACUGAUUUCAAAUGAUAAAGUCGGAAAACAUCUGUGUUAAGAAAACGUUAUAAAAACCAACAGAGACGAUAUCACGACGGAGGAUAAAUGUGGAGUUUCGUCCAGUAAUUAUCUAGAAGUGUUUUUUCUACGAACUUUGGCAAAAUUUACACCGGGAUUGACUCUUUAAGAAAGGAUUUACUUAAGAAAGGACUAGUACUGAUGUCCUAGUUGGGUCUAUGGAGUGCUGGGCUGGGUGGAGACUUCAGAUGUAGAGGAUCCUUUAUGAUGAUGAAGAUGAAGACUAUGCUGCUGCUGAUCUCAGUUCUCCUAACUCAGGCUCUUCAAUCCCAGGCCAGACCUGCCACCCCAGAUGACACCCCGGCUGUUGCCCUGGUGGAGCCCACAAAAUUCACUCUCUAUCCGGCGGACAAACUGGAGCUGAGCUGUAAAGGUAAAGAAGAGGCACAGGAAGUGACCUGGACUAAGGACCUCAUUCCAUUGGUUGAUGGGGACCACACACGCCUGAGAAACGAUCAGCUGGAGAUCGAAGCUGUGGAGCCAGCCGAUUCCGGUCUGUAUGCUUGCUUUGCUCAGGGACACAAUAGCAACCACACAGACUACUUCAAUGUAAAUGUUACAGAUGGAUUGGCUUCCUCAGAAGAUGAUGAUGAAGAGGAAUCUUCCUCAGAGGAGACAAAGCUAUCAAGUAGCCAGAAACUGCUUCCGAUGGCUCCAGCCUGGGCUCAACCUGAUAAGAUGGAGAAGAAGCUCCACGCCGUUCCCGCCAGCAAAACCGUCAAGUUUCGUUGCCAGGCCAACGGUAACCCUACCCCGACUCUCAAGUGGCUCAAGAACGGCAAAGAAUUCAAGAGAGACCAGCGAAUAGGAGGUUUCAAGGUUCGAGAGCACAUGUGGACCAUCAUAAUGGAGUCUGUGGUGCCUUCAGACAAAGGCAACUACACCUGUUUGGUAGAGAACAAAUAUGGCAGCAUCAAUCACACUUACCAGCUGGAUGUCGUCGAACGUUCACCACACAGACCAAUUCUUCAAGCCGGGUUGCCUGCUAACCGUACCGCAGUGGUGGGAAGUUAUGUGGAGUUUGAGUGUAAAGUUUUCAGCGAUCCUCAGCCGCACAUCCAGUGGCUGAAACACAUCGAGGUCAACGGCAGCAGAGUGGGACCUGACGGACUGCCUUACGUUCGAAUCUUAAAGCACUCAGGGGUCAACAGCUCGGACACACAGGUCUUGCCGCUGUACAACGUGACAGAAGAAGAAAGCGGAGAGUAUAUAUGUAAAGCUUCCAAUUAUAUAGGCCAAGCCAACCAAUCAGCAUGGCUCACCGUUACAAAGCCCUCUAAAGAUCCUCCCCCAGGUCCACAGCACAACCAGACCUACCUGGAGGUGCUGAUCUACUGCGUGGGCUUUUUUCUCAUCUGCGUGAUGGUGGUGAUUGCUGUGUUGGCCAAAAUGCACAGCUCGGCCAAGAAAAGUGACUUCAACAGUCAGCUGGCUGUCCACAAGCUAGCCAAGAGCAUCCCUCUGCGCAGACAGGUGUCUGUAGACUCCAGCUCCUCUGGAAGGAUGCUGGUCCGGCCCUCCCGUCUCUCUUCCAGUGGCUCCCCAAUGCUCUCAGGGGUCUCUGAAUAUGAACUGCCUCAGGACCCACGCUGGGAGGUUUCCAGAGACGGGCUGGUUCUUGGGAAGCCGUUGGGAGAGGGCUGCUUUGGGCAGGUGAUGAUGGCCGAGGCUCAGGGGAUGGACAAAGACAAACCCAACCGUGUCACCAAAGUGGCUGUCAAGAUGCUAAAAUCCGAUGCCACAGAGAAGGACCUGUCAGAUCUCAUCUCUGAGAUGGAAAUGAUGAAGAUUAUUGGCAAACACAAGAACAUCAUCAAUCUGCUGGGAGCCUGCACACAAGAGGGUCCUUUGUACGUCAUUGUGGAGUUUGCAGAGAAGGGUAACCUGCGAGAAUACCUGCGUGCCCGUCGUCCUCCUGGAAUGGAAUACUGCUACAACCCUGAUCAGGUGCCCGUGGAGCACAUGUCAGUCAAAGACUUGGUUUCUUGUGCGUAUCAGGUGGCACGUGGCAUGGAAUACCUGGCAUCCAAGAAGUGUAUUCAUAGAGACUUGGCUGCCCGUAAUGUCCUGGUAACCGAAGAUAACGUCAUGAAGAUAGCAGACUUCGGCCUUGCUCGAGACAUUCAUCAUAUUGAUUACUACAAGAAGACCACCAAUGGACGUUUGCCUGUUAAAUGGAUGGCACCUGAAGCUCUGUUCGACCGCAUUUACGCCCACCAGAGUGAUGUGUGGUCAUUUGGGGUAUUGCUUUGGGAGAUCUUUACUCUUGGAGGCUCACCGUAUCCAGGUGUGCCUGUAGAGGAACUGUUUAAACUGCUGAAGGAAGGUCAUCGUAUGGACCGUCCCUCCACAUGCACCCAUGAACUGUAUAUGAUGAUGAGAGAUUGCUGGCAUGCCGUUCCAUCUCAGAGACCCACUUUUAAACAGCUGGUUGAAGAUUUAGACCGCACCCUCUCUAUGACAUCCAAUCAGGAGUAUCUGGACCUGUCUUUAUCCCUGGACCAAUUUUCUCCGAAUUUCCCCGACACGCGCAGCUCCACCUGCUCUUCAGGUGAAGACUCCGUGUUCUCCCACGACCCCAGCGCCGAUGAACCCUGCCUGCCCAAAUUUCCCCCACACCCAAACCGCGGAGUGCCGUUUAAGAAGCGCUGAGCUCCCUCACCUUCCACACUUAACUCAGUAUUCUUCAGUGUGCUACCUGGCUGGACUCAGCCCAUGAACUCCAGGAGAUAAAGCUUUGCCACAUAGCACACUACAGAGUUGCCUGGAGUGGAAGCGCUUGACAUGGAGAUUGUGAAUUAAUCCAUCUGGAAGAGAACAAACCGGACACCUACAGACCCCAUAUUACAUGUUGUUAUAAAGCUAUAGGGCACUUGAGCAAAGAGUGGUGUGUCCGCAUUCGUGAAGACUUUUCCAAAGACAAUUUGUAACUGGCAGCACGAAGACCUUAAUGAAUGACUGUAAUAGUGGCACAGAUUGUGGGAUGUUUGGAGGUUUCGAUUAUUUUCAACUGGAGGUGAACGACGAUGUUUCGUAUGUUGUUACUCAGACCAAAUUCUUCACUAUAAAUGCUCUGCCCAGAUGAAUUUUAACAACGGCACACAUCUGACUGACAGUCUUGUAAAUACAGCUAGAAAUGUAUAAAUAUGAAUAUAUAUUUACACUCUACCCUUAUUUUUAUUACACCUUGAAUUACGUUGCUUUUUUGUACCUGGAUGCGUAUGUGUAGAUCUUUUUGAAGUGUAGCUUUUUUUGAAAGGGGCGCUAAAACGUCCCAAAGAAUUGUAGAUGAAAUUAUAUAUAUUAAGAGCUGAUAUAUGGGCAGUUUUGUUACUGUUUUUUCAGUAUCAUCGAUUCAGAAGUGGCUCAGAACUGCUGCUAUCUCAUAUAGUACAACAUCCGUGUUAAGCUAUAUAUGUAGGCGACCAUUGUUGAAAAGACAACUAGCCUACUUUUUAUGGUUGUUCUCUUAUUAUUUGCUCUUUAUACACUCUUUGAUGACCAUUGGAAAAAGGUAAAUUCAGAUGAACGCAAAUGUAUACCGCCCUAAUAGAAAAUGACCAAUUUGAUGUAAUGAAAUGUCCACACGCUAAAAGCAAAGGUGCCUCUGUCGCGGUGGGAAAAACCUGCACAUCAUUUAUGUUAACACUAGAAGGAUUACGUCCAAUAAAAUUCUGUUGAUAAACAAAUCACGAAACCUUUCACAGUUUGAAAAACAUCAUAAACAACCUUGUAAAUAUCUUGCUGACGAGUUUACAACGUAAAUUGUGUUUACAGCAAAACUGACGUUGUCGUUUUGCGUAGGUUAGCAGCGCCGAUGAAAUAUCUCAAUGCCUAGCUUACGGUGUAAGCGCCCGGUCCCGCUGAAAGCUAAGAGUGACCGUUAAUACUUUAUUUAUAGUGGUGCGAAUGACCCUUCUUCGUAAGGUGCUGUGCUACAAAUGCAUCAGACUGAAGGCGCUGUUUCCAACGGUGACUGGCUCACAGCCAAUGAAUGAUGCAUCACUUCCGCAACACACAGGCUUGAUGCAGCCAAAUGAACCUUUCUGGCCAGUACCAGCUCACGACUCCUGCCAAGACAAAAGUGCCAGGCUUGAUUUAUACGGUUAAAGACUACGGAUUGAAGGUUACGAGGUAUACAGCAGUUUAAAAUUAUUGCCGUUUGUCUUGUUGCAAGUGUAUAAUAUGUUUAUAGGACAGUUGCGGUAAAUUUAAAUUUUUGGUACGUUAUGUUUUAAAAGAGAUAACGCAGGUCAAACAGAUGGACUACUGAACGCUUGUUAUAUGUUUAUUCGUUUUCUAAAGCAUGUGCAAUUUAAUUUGGAAUUGGAGCGGAGUCAACGCAAAAUGUACAGCUCUAAUUCAUCAAUAAAUGUAUCAGCUUUUACUUUUUUGUAA